CGUCAUCCUUUCUGAUGUAGAGCGGCACGGCGGCCUUUCUUCGCUGCUCUGCAUUUCCUCCCGUCUUACCGCUCUAACCGCUGGAUUUCAGCCCAUUUUGUAUUUAACCAUGACACGAAGGUGGACACUUUUCGCCGCCUGCCUGCUCCUUCUGGCGGCUGUAAGCUCGGAGGUUUCAGCGAACGGUUUGGUGAACGAGGAUGUGAAGCGGACAGUGGACCUGGGCACUCAUCUGGCCAAGAUCACUGCGGAGAUCGUGCUGUCCAACCAGGGACACUCCUCCGUUCACAGCUUUGUCUUGGCUGUGGAGGCUGACCUGGCCCCGCACCUGGCCUACAUAGGCGCUUCAGUGAAGGGUGAUGAAGAGGAGGAUGGCACACUUGAACUUGAGCAGACAACAAUUCAGGGCCAAAGUGGGGAGUUUUACAAAGUGCACCUGCCGUCCAGUCUGGCUGCAGGCGCUCAGCUGAAAGCGAAGGUGGAGAUGACCUUCAGCCAUGUCCUGAAGCCCUUCCCCACACACAUCACCCAGGCUGAGCGUCAGCUGGUCGUUUUCCAGGGGAACCACUACCUGUACUCCCCAUAUCCCACUCGCAGCCAGACCACGCGCGUCCGCCUGGCGUCCAAGACCGUGGAGAGCUACACCAAGCUGGGCAACCCCAGCAAGACCGAUGAGAUCAUUGAGUACGGACCUUUCCGUGACGUUGCUCCAUUCAGCGAGGAUACAAUGAAGAUCCACUAUGAGAACAACACACCCUUCCUCACCAUCAGUAGCAUCACUCGCACCAUUGAGGUUUCUCACUGGGGCAAUAUUGCUGUGGAAGAAACCAUCGACCUGAGGCACACAGGAGCCAUCCUGAAGGGCCCGUUUUCCCGUUAUGAUUACCAGCGUCAGUCAGACAGCGGCAUCUCAUCUGUCAAGUCCUUCAAGACAAUCCUUCCCGCCUCGGCCCAAGACGUUUACUACAGGGAUGAGAUUGGCAACAUCUCCACCUCCCAUCUGCAGGUUCUGGAUGACUCGGUGGAGGUGGAGGUCAGGCCUCGCUUCCCCUUGUUUGGAGGCUGGAAGACCCACUACAUCAUCGGCUACAAUCUGCCUAGCUAUGAGUACCUCUACACCCUGGGUGACCAGUAUGCACUAAAGAUGAGACUAGUUGACCACGUGUACGAUGACCAGGUCAUCGACUCCCUGACUGUGAAAAUCAUCCUGCCAGAGGGAGCUAGAAACAUCAAUGUGGAAACUCCUUACAAAAUCACUCGCAUGCCAAACCAGCUGCACUACACAUAUCUGGAUACUUUUGGUCGACCAGUGCUGGUUGCCACAAAGAACAACUUGGUGGAGCAACACAUUCAAGAUGUUGUGGUUCAUUAUAACUUCAAUAAGAUCCUGAUGCUGCAGGAGCCUCUCUUGGUUGUCGGGGCUUUCUACAUUCUCUUCUUCACUGUCAUCAUCUACGUACGUCUGGACUUUGCCAUCACAAAGGAUCCAGCUGCAGAGGUGCGGAUGAAGGUUGCCUCCAUCACAGAGCAGGUGCUGACUCUGGUCAACAAACGUCUCGGUCUGUACCGACACAUGGACGAGGUGGUCAACCGUUACAAGCAGUCCCGCGACACAGGGGCGCUCAACAGCGGCCGGAAGACUCUGGAGGCCGACCACCGCGCUCUCACCAACGAAAUAAGCUCGCUGCAGGCCCGCCUCAAGGCAGAGGGCUCCGACCUGGCUGAUAAGGUCGGGGAGGUGCAGAAGCUGGACGUCCAGGUGAAGGACCUGGUGUGUCGCUCCUGCCAGGAGGCGGAGAGGCUGGUGGCGGGUAAAGUCAAGAAGGAGGCUUACAUCGAGAGCGAGAAGACUCUGACCAGCAAGAGACAGGAGUUCGUCAGCCGCAUCGACAGUCUGCUGGACGCCCUCUAAACUACUCCUAGCACACACAGACACACAAUACCCUUCGACAACAAAAACCGACUGUUUGUAUGAAAAUUAAAUGAAAUGUGACUCAUGCCUACACAUUUUUUUUUGUACCAUCUUUGCAUCCAGACAUGGACUAUAAACAUCUCGUCUUAUAGUAGUGAUGAGUUUAUCCAAACACUUGUGCCUUGUGAUAAACUUAAGGUCACUGCUUGCUCAGCUCUUGAGCAGCCACAUCACAACUUUUUGUUUUUCAGCUGAGCUACCCGUAAAUGGAGUCACAUUUGGUUCAGACUUGACUCUUUGUUUUCAUGCUAAAAGCUGGAGUCUUUUUUUCACUCUGAAGUAUGUAUGGUUAAGGGACUGUUUUUGAAAUUAUUAGUUGAUGGGCCCACAUGUUUUCGGUCUCAUGUCUUUACUCACAUAUACUGUAUUCUAAAACCUAAUCCAGUAAUGAGAUCAUGGUCUUUUUUUUUUUUCAAUCUUACCUCUUUUGCACUUACAACUUUUUUUCUACUGGCCCACGACUGACAUUUGUUUUUGAACAAAUUUGAAGCUCUGAUUCUGUGUCAUCCCAAAUUCUUGUCUUUAAUGUUCCUCACUUGUAUUUUCUACAUUUUGUAUGAUUUUUAUGUUUGUUUUUUCCAUUUUUGGCUGUGAGAUUAAAGAAUACAAGAGAUUAGACUGUAUGCGAGGAAAGACAUGGAAGAUGGAAAACAUAUCUGUGAAAUGGGCAAUGAUAUGGAAAGCUGUCGAAUUUGAAAUAAAGUUUUGAGAAAGUCA